AUGGAAAGAGGCUGGCUCCAUGGGGAAGGAUUCUUCCUCUGCCUCAUUCUCCACCUGCUUCUCCAGGAUGCACAGCUUCAACUGAUGACAUCAUUCCUGUGGCUAAAUAUGGUACGGCAGACUCAGUGGAACCCAGAGGAAUGUGGGGGCAUCAAGAAGCUCAGCAUAGCAACUGAGAACCUAUGGCUCCCAGAUAUCUUCAUCGAAGAGUUCAUGGACAUGGAUCAGACACCUCCAGGUCUCAUGGCUAUGUCAACAGUGAUGGCCACAUCAAAUACAGUAAGCCAAUGCGCAUGGUCAGCAUCUGCAAACUGGACAUCUUCUACUUCCCCUUUGAUGAACAGAACUGCACGCUCACCUUCGGCUCUUUCAUCUACACAGGUGAGUGAAUGGAGAACAUGGUCCUGGGCAUGGAGAAGGACGUGCGGGAGAUUUCAAAAACAUCGCAGAAUGUCGUGGAGCAAAGGGGAGUGGGUACUUCAGGGUAUCCAUCAAAGGAUGAAGAUGAUGACUGUUGGCACCAACGAGUACAACCAAAUCGUCUUCUAUGUGGCCAUAAGACGCAGACCCACCCUCUAUGUCAUAAACCUUCUGGUGCCCAGUAGCUUUCUGGUGGCCAUCGAUGCCCUCAGCUUCUACCUGCCGGCAGAAAGCGAGAACCGUGCCCCAUUCAAGAUAACACUCCUCCUGGGCUACAACGUCUUCCUGCUCAUGAUGAACGACCUACUCCCCAUCAGUGGCACCCCCCUCAUCAGUAUGGUGUGCUCCUUCCACCCAGGUGUCUACUUCGCCCUGUGUCUGUCACUGAUGGUGGUCAGCCUGCUGGAGACCAUCUUCAUCACCUACCUGCUGCACCUGGCCACCACCCAGCCCCCACCCCUGCCCCGCUGGCUCCAUUCCCUGCUUCUGCACCGCACCAGCCCAAGGAAAUGCUGCCCCGUGGUUGCACCCCAAAGGGGAAACUCGGGUCAGAGCCUCGGUCCCGCCCACUUGCCUGGCACAAAGGAGCCCGUGGAGCUGGUGGGGAAGGGGCCGGGUCCCAGAGAGGCAGAACUAAGUGGGUGCCCUGGGUCAGCAAGCACCCAGCCAGAAGAUGAGGCUCAGAAGCAGCACCUGGUCAGCCUGUGGGUGCAGUGCAGCCACAUGAUGGACUCCCUGCUCUUCCGCCUCUACCUGCUCUUCUUGGCCACCUCCAUUACCACGGUCAUCGUCCUCUGGAACACCUAGGGAGAUGCCCACCUGAGAGCUCCAGGCAAGAGCUUCUCUUUUCUCCAGGAAACAGCCAGGCCCUCACACCUACCCAAAUCCUGUCUUACAGACUUGACAACGCCUUGCUUUCAACCUGGUCUUCCUGUGCAGUUUCAGACAAGACCUGAUGGGUUCCUGUGCCCUCAUGAGUGAAGUCCUUGCUCCUGCAUGCCAUCUACUCCCCUCAGCCCUCCCAACCGUCCUGCCUGCCUGGCUCCUCAGGAUUCAGGUUCCUGGAAUACUUCCGUGAUUGAAUCUCCUCCA